GGGGAUGCGGGGCUCCGCCCGGGAAGGCUGAACACAAGUGCCGCAGCCGAAGUAUUGGUGGUCAAAUCUCAAAACUGCAGCUCCGGUUGAAGAAAUGACGAAUUAUGUAUGUAAAGCACAGCCUCCUCCAACUGCAGUCUCAUCCGCUUCGUAUUUUGGACGUUCACUCUUCUUCCAUUCUCCACCUGCAAUCUUAACCAGACCAUGCAGGUCAAAGUUCUGGAGAAUUCGAAAUCUUAGAAUCAGCUGCGAAUACUCUUGUAUCGAAGUUAGGGGUGUUAGCUAUCGACCCCAAGGGACAGAGUUCGACCUUUUGAAUGAUGUUAAUUUUUCCCUUCCAGAGAAAAGUUUUGGUUUGAUCUUUGGACGCAGUGGAAGUGGAAAAACUACUCUGUUGCAGCUUCUCGCAGGGAUAAACAAACCAACAUCAGGUUCCAUUUUUGUUCAAAAGUAUGGAGAUGAUGGCAAGCUGACUCAGACUUCUGAACCAUUGCCUUCAGAAAGAGUUGGUAUUCUCUUUCAGUUUCCUGAGAGGUAUUUUGUGGCAGACAAUGUGCUUGAAGAAGUUACAUUUGGGUGGCCUAGGCAAAGGGGCAGCUUCCAAUUGAAAGAGAAUCUUGCUUUGGGACUAGAGCGAGCUAUUAAUUGGGUUGGAUUGAACGGGAUCUCCUUGGAUAAAGAUCCUCACUCCCUAAGCGGUGGAUACAAACGUCGGCUUGCCCUGGCAAUCCAAUUAGUGCAAAUCCCAGAUUUAUUGAUACUGGAUGAGCCUCUUGCUGGUCUUGAUUGGAAGGCACGUGCGGAUGUUGUUGAGCUGUUAAAGCAUCUAAAAAAAGAAUUAACCAUACUUGUUGUGAGCCAUGAUCUCAAAGAGUUAGCAGCUCUAGUUGAUCGAUCCUGGAGGAUGGAAAUGGGUGGAGUGCUUAAGGAAGAGCCUAUAGCAUUUUAAUCUUGGUGUUACCAUCUGCUACCUCAUCAAUAUAAGUUUUUGUGACAUUUGAACCAGUCUGCAUCAGUUUUGAUCCAGUGCUCCCUACUCCCACUUGAGCCACUGUUGCUGAGCAUGUCUUGUGGAAGGUUUAAACAUUGGUUGGCAUCCCUUGAUAUGUAUCCAUGGGGAAACUUUAUGCUCUCUUCAUCUCUAUUAUCACAUCCAUCAUCAUAGAGAGCAUUCUUGAUCUCAUACUUAAACUCCUUUGCAGCUGCAGUAUUCCUUUCAGGAUGAAUUUUUCCAUGGAACAUUCGUAGGACCUGCAUGCCACACACAUGAAAGAAAUUAAGAACUCCAAUACAAAAAUUGCUAGCAUUUCCAUUACUGGUCCAUGGCCAAGCAAAAUAUUUCAGGUAUUUCUGUUUCUUCUGACAAGUGUUGUGAUAUUGGUGUUGAAUACAAAUGGUAUCUUUCUGAUUGUAUACUGGGAUUGUCAGAUAGUGUGAAUUGGCAUGUGAUAUGACCCCAUUAUCAAAGAAGUAGCUGCUUAAAGUGUGUGACAUGAGGAUUCUAAGAUGUGAACAUAUAAUAUAGGGGUGGAAUUAAUGAUUUAUUUACUAGGUUCUUUUUUUCCCUACUCAUUAUUUUUGAGAUUUAUCGACCCAUUUGGGGUACCACAAAUGGGGAACCACCAUUAAUUUGAAGUCCCGCUUUGGGGAUACUCUUGGUCCAGAGAGGCAAAAAAAGUUAGACAAUCUACACUAUGUUCAUUUGUUGA